AUGGCCGAAGAGAACCCCAUCACAGCGCCUGAGGCUGCUGAACAGCCUGAACAAACGAUCGCUGAGAGCAAGCCCGCCGACAACCAGUCGGAGAACACCGCUGCCCCAGAAAACACCUCUACCGAGAAUGCCGAUGCGACCGACGACAAGAAGGAGCCUGAACCUGAGAAAGACAAGGCUGAUGCGACUGGCGAAUCGGCCUCCGCUGAUGCCGAGACCGCAGCUCCGGAAUCCAACGGAGCCCCUGCGUCAGCGAAGAAGUCAUCCAAGGACCGCCGUCGCUCCAGUGCUGUCGGCGAAAAGAAGCUGAAUCGCAAGAAGUCGCAGUCUCGCAUCACCAACCUGGAUGUGAAGCCUGGCGAGUAUUACCUGGCGCGUCUUCGCAGCUAUGCGCCAUGGCCCUCCAUCAUCUGUGACGACGAGAUCCUACCCAAUUCGCUUCUUGAAAGCCGUCCCGUUACAGCGAUUCAAGAAGAUGGAACAUACCGCGCCGAGUAUGCCGACGAUGGCAAGAGAGCUCAUGAGCGGACGUAUCCUGUGAUGUUCUUCGAGACCAAUGAAUUUGCCUGGAUCCCGAACACCAACCUGACUCCGCUUGACCCGGCUGCGUGCAAGGACGUAUCCGAGAAGAACAAGGCCAAGUCGCUCAUCUCAGCUUACAAGAUUGCUGCGGAGGGCCAUGAUCUACAAUAUUUCAAGUCCCUUCUGUCAGACCACGAAGCUGCCCUAGAGCAGGAGAGGGAAGAAGCCGAGCGCGAAGAGGAGGAGAAAGAGAAGGCAAAGGCCGAAAAGGCGGCUAAGAAGAACAAGCGCAAGAGCAAAGGACCUGAGACUGAUGUGGAAAUGGAGGACGAAGAGGACACCAAGAAGUCUAAAGCUACCAAGAAGAGAAAGAAGGACGAGACAGAUGCUGAGACAGAGAAGCCUGCUAAAACCCCAAAGACUCCAAAGACUGCGACGAAGCUUAAAUUGACGACCCCGAAGGCUCCUGCUGAAGAGAAGAAAAAGACACCUGCCUCCAAGGCCAAGAAGGCUGCGCCAAAGAAGGGCAAGGCUGUCGCCGCCGCUAGCGAUGAGGAGGCUGCUGCUGCUACAGAGACAAAGCAGCCAGAGAAGCAAGUCGAUCCCGAGGAGCUCAAAAAGAAGAAAGAAAAAGAAAUUCUGUUCUUACGCCACAAGCUGCAGAAGGGGUUCAUUUCCCGCGACCAGCCACCGAAGGAGGAUGAGAUGGCCACCAUGGCCACUUACUUCGACAAGUUGGAGAAGCACGCCGAUCUGGAAGUCGCCAUAAUUCGCUCAACCAAGAUCAACAAGGUUCUAAAGAUGAUUGUCAAGCUCAAUUCGAUCCCUCGCGAUGAAGAGUUCAACUUCCGUUCCCGUUCAAUGGGUAUCCUGUCAAGCUGGAAGAACGUGCUGGAUGGAGAUGCUCCAGCUGCCUCAACUGACAAAGAGGACAAGCCCGCCGCUAACGGUGCUCUGAAGGAUGGGGACUCUCCCGAGGAACCUAAGAUUGAGACCGAAGAGGAGAAAGAAUCUGAGAACAAGCCAACCGAUGAUACCCCUAUGCCUGAUGCUGAUUCUGAGAAACCAGAAGCGCCUGAUACUGAAGAGGCUCCCAAGGAGGAAAAUGAGGAUGAGAAGGCUACUGAAGAGAAGUCCGAGGAAUAA